GAGGUCUUUUCCACACUUUCGAUUAUGUUUUAGACCCAUAGUCCGUGUCGUGCACAGACUCGGUGUCUCGUCCGCACCGGCACGCCGGCCAUGAACAACUAUUCCUUGUAAAAAAGGUCAUAGUAAUGCUGUUUCGGGGUUUGUUUACUGUUUCCAUAGGGAAGUUGAAGGGAUUUUCCCUUUCUCAACCAAUGAACUUAACACCAACUUUUUUCAGAGAUGAAGGAAAACCAGUUGAAAAGCUUCAAGCUUUGAUUUGUUAUUCUAGUUUUUCAACCAAUGGUGACUUAAAGAAAGGCUAUGAGAAGAUGAUGUUGGCAAAGGACUUGGCAUGUCUUGUUGAGGAAUCAUCUCAUAAAGAUGAGAGGAAAGUUAAGAGCAGGAUGGAGCUUAAGAGGUCGAUUGAGCUUCGCGUAAAGAAGAGAGUAAAGGAGCAAUUCAUUGAUGGGAAGUUUCGUAACUUAAUGGUCAAUGUGAUUGCCGUUCCAAUUACGCUUCAAGAUGCUUAUAAUUGCAUUAAGCUCAACUCAAAUGUCGACAUAUCGGUGAAGGAUGAUUCUAUAUGUUUUAAUUCCCUUGCAAAAGAGCUCCUUGAUGGGAGUUUUGACGUUGGAGAAGAUACUGUCUCAUUCUCGACAAGAGGUGUUGCCAAAGAAGUCCUUAUCCUUCCAAAUCCUAAGAUGAUAAUUGUUCAAGAAGCUAUCAGAAUGGUUUUGGAAGUUGUUUACAGGCCCCAUUUUUCUAAAAUUUCACAUGGUUGUCGAACUGGGAGGGGUCACCUGACUGCAUUGAGAUACAUCAAGAAACAGGUUUCUAGUCCAAGUUGGUGGUUCCCAUUAAUUUUAAACAAAAAGGUUGAUGCUAAUAUCAUCGCGAAGCUCAUUUCGAAAUUGGAGGAGAAGAUAGAAGACGACCAGUUAUAUGUUAUUAUCCGAAGCAUGUUUGAUGCACAAGUCCUCAAUUUUGAGUUUGGUGGUUUCCCAAAAGGCCAUGGCCUUCCACAGGAGGGCGUAUUAUCCCCGAUAUUAAUGAACGUGUAUCUUGACUUCUUCGAUCAAGAAUUUUAUAGAUUAUCCAUGAGAUAUGAGGCCCUUCAUCAAGGAGAUGAUAAGGAUGAAGAUAAGUCACAUUCCAAGCUACGGAACUGGUUUAGGAGACAGUUAAAGGAAAAUGAUCUUAAAUGCACAACUAAUGACAAUUCGGGCCCAAGAAUUUAUUGUUGUCGUUUUAUGGAUGAGAUAUUUUUUGUAGUUUCUGGUUCCAAAGAUAUUGCUCUUAGUUUCAAGUCUGAGAUUGUAGAUUUUUUAAAGAAUUCUUUGCGCUUGGAUGUUGAUGAUGAACAAACCGGAGUUCUACCUUGUGAUGGGUCUAACGGUAGUCGCUUUUUAGGAGCUUUGGUUAAAAGACGUGUUCAAGAAGGUCCAGCUACAAGUGCUGUGCACAAGUUAAAGGAAAAAGUACGGCUAUUUGCUUCUCAAAAACAAGAUGCUUGGAAUGUCGGGUGUGUUAGAAUCGGGAAGAAAUGGUUGGCUCAUGGUUUAAAGAAGGUUAAGGAGUCAGAAAUUAAGCAUUUAGCAGAUAGUGGCUCUACUUUGAGUAAAGUUUCUUGUUUCCGUAAAGCUGGGAUGGAGACUGAUCAUUGGUACAAGGUCUUAAUGAAAGUAUGGUUGCAAGACAUUAAAGCCAAAGCAGCAGAGAACGAGGAAUCUAUCUUGUCUAAGUAUGUUGCUGAACCGGCCCUUCCUCAUGAACUAAAGGAAUCUUAUUAUGAAUUUAUGAAGUGUGCAGAUGAAUAUGUUUCUUCCGAAACAGCUACUACACUUGCUCUUUUACCAAAUUCAAGCUCAAACUCUGGAUCUGUCACGAUCACUGAGAUUCUUGCUCCAACUGAUGCCAUAAAGAAGCGACUGUUCCGAUAUGGAUUGACCACCUCUGAAGGAUAUCCUCGUGCAGCUUCACUGCUCGUUUUACAAGACAGCAUCCAAAUAAUUGACUGGUUUUCGGGAAUUGUCCGUCGAUGGCUUCAGUGGUAUCAAGAUUAUGACAACUUCAACGAGGUCAAGCUUUUAAUUUCUAGUUUACUGCGGAAAUCCUGUGUUCGUACUCUAGCAACAAAAUAUAGGAUUCAUGAAAGUGAAAUAGAGAAACAAUUUGAUUCGGAACUAUGCCGAAUCCCCUCGAUAGAAGAGGUGGAGCAAGAGCUGACAUAUGAAACAUCAUAUUCUCACCCAUUUGAUAAUGACGAAGCAUUGAUGUAUGGAAUUUCAUAUAGUGGUUUGUGUCUGCUAUCACUGGCAAGAAUGGUGAGCCAGUCAAGGCCUUGCAAUUGUUUUGUUUUGGGUUGCUCAGUGGCAGCACCGAGUGUUUAUACUCUCCAUGUUAUGGAGAGACAGAAAUUUCCGGGUUGGAAGACAGGAUUCACAAGUUGUAUCCAUCCAAGCUUGAAUAAAAGGCGAAUCGGAUUGUGCAAGAAACAUUUAAAGGACUUAUAUCUUGGUCAUAUAUCACUUCAGUCUAUUGAUUUUGGGGCAUGGAAGUGAUGCUGUCAACAAAGCCAAAAAAUAUCAUUUAAACAGUAGACUCUUGAGAAGAAUGGAGAAACCAAACGAAUUGCCAAACCGGUUUGUGUAGGUGGUUUGCUGCCUAUAUUCGGUAUUAAUAGUAAAACACCUCACAAGGAAAAAUGAGCUCGGGAAAUGAUGUACCAAUGGCAAAGAGUGGGAAGAAUAUUACGGGUCAUUUGAACUCAUCUAUGAUGAUCUUCCUGCGAAGUAAGUGUUGUUUUCCUUUACCUAAAGAAACUACUUGAGAUCAUAUUAUUGAUGAACACAUGACAUAGCACAUAUGUAAAGUCCGAUACCGUCGUUACUUCAUGAAAUAGCAUGGAAGGUAGGAAUCGGCGGUCAUCAUCCGUGUCUCCAGACUGGGAAGCCUCAAAGGGGUCUUCAUAGAGAACUGCAGUUGGUUAUUACAGCUUCCUCAUCGGACAGGGGAUCUCUAGAGUCUUGAAAGUUGAGAAAUCUUUAAUGUUACAGUUUUGUUCGCAGAAGUUGCCAACCAAAAUCAUGGCAACUGCAUUCAGAACAGAAGUCUUGAAUCCCGAGGGGAUUCUAGCAACCCGUGUCAAUCCCAAGCCCCCCGCUAGCCUCCCCUAGAUCUGUCCCGGCCAGCCCCUUGCAAGUCUCCCUUUUGGUCCGCCCCUGCUUAUAUACCAUGACAUGGUUGUAUGAUCUGGAUUCAUUUGGAAGAUGGGAGGGAGUGGAAUACUGCAUUUCUUUUUUCUUUUUCUUGGUCAAUUCAGAAUAUCCGUUGAAAUUGCCAUGAAAGUGAGCUGCGGGACAAAACCUGUGGAUUUGACAUUAUACUAAAAAUUCAUGUGACAUAUACAAUUCAAUUUGAUGCUAUAAAUUACAUGGAAACAUGUAAGAUUAUUUUAUGAGAAUUGAAUAUAAUGUUUUUCAAGAUAUUUUAAAGCAACCGGAAUUAA